AUGGUCAAUCACUUUUCUCAAUUGAAGGGCUGGAGAUACCGCAAAUUAGGUGAGGAUCUGUGGAAUCAAUCAGCUCCGAAGGCAUGCACUGAAAUUCAUGCGGAUUUGCUCCACAAUAAAGAGAUACCUGAUCCUUUUCUUGACAUGAAUGAGAAAGAGAUUCAAUGGGUUGGAGAGACAGAUUGGGAGUACUACACAGAAUUUGAUGCAGCUAAAGAAUUGGAGAAGUCGGCUCACGUUCAGUUGGAAUUCCAAGGUUUGGACACUUUUGCUACCGUAUAUGUCAAUGAUGUUAAGAUUUUGACUACUGAGAAUAUGUUUGUCUCACACAAAGUUGAUGUGAAAGAUAUUCUUCACUAUGGGAAAAAUAAUAUCAUCAAGAUCUCUUUCAAGAGUGCUUUGAAAGUUGCACGGGAUUUGGAAAAGAUUCAUGGCGCGGGAGUUUGUUGGAACGGAGAAAGCUGCCGGUUGCAAAUUAGAAAAGCUCAAUACACUUUUGGAUGGGAUUGGGGACCAAUAGUCAUGACUUGCGGCCCAUCGAAACCGAUUUUGCUUCACGCUUUUGACAACGCCAUCGAAGAUGUAUUUGUGGAUGUUUGCGUUGAUGAUGAGCUUAAUGCGGACAUUAAUGUGCACAUAUCACUUGUAACUUCGCAGAAGGUGGAAGCCAAGAUCUCUGUGGUUUCACCUGAUGGAGCAAUUGUGAAAGAGCAAGUGAAAUCUGGGAUAGGCUCAGGCACACACUCUGUCCAUGUCUCUAUCGAGAAGCCGAAAUUAUGGUUCCCAUGGACUAUCGGGACACCUAACCUCUACACUUUCAAAGUUGAGAUUGUAGACAGUAAUGGAAUCGAAGACCGUUUUGAAAAGAAGAUAGGUCUUCGUAAGGUUGAACUUGUACAAGAACCCGUGGAAGACGAAAAAGGCACGAGCUUCUAUUUCAAAGUAAAUGGAACUCCAGUGUUUUCUGUUGGAGCCAACUGGAUUCCAGCUCACUCCAUUCCAACCUUGCUUUCAGAAGCAGACUACACCCAAUGGCUUGAAUUAGCAAAGAUGGGAAACCAAAACAUGAUUAGAGUUUGGGCUGGAGGAUUUUACGAAACAGAUGUAUUCUAUGACGAGUGUGACAGAUUAGGAAUCAUGGUUUGGCAAGACUUCAUGUUUGCAUGUGGGCAAUACCCAGCGUAUGACAGUUUUGUUGAAAACGUCAAGCUGGAAGUCCAUCUGCAACUACUCAGAUUGAGGAAUCACGCAUGCUUAACACUUUUUGCUGGGAAUAAUGAGGAUUAUCAGAUCGCUGAACAGUCUUGUCUAGAAUGGGAUCCUCAUGAUCAUUCUGGGGAUUACAGCAAGACUCUGUUUCCUGCCCGAAAAAUCUAUGAGAUUGUUCUACCUAAGCUAAUGAAAGAUUACUUACCAUCAGUUCCAUACCAUCCAGGCUCACCAUGGAGUGGAGAUCUUCCUACAUUUGACCCUACAGUGGGCGAUUUACAUCAAUGGAAUGUCUGGCACGGCAGUCAGGAGAAGUAUCAGGACUGGUACAAGCUUGGAGGUCGCUUCGUAUCUGAGUUUGGGAUGGAAGGACUUCCAUGUAUGCAAACAUUCAAAGACUGUAUCACAGAUGAGAAGCAAAUUUAUCCUCAAAGUGAGUAUGUGGACCAUCAUAAUAAAGCUGAUGGAUUCGAAAGGAGAUUGGCGCUCUAUGUGAUUGAAAAAUAUCAAAAUGUCAUCAUUUGA